UGGCCAACUUGAUAGACAAAACAAAAGCAAGUGGGAAAUUUCAUAGCUGGUCUUCAACAUAAAAAAAAGUUCGUAGCUGGUCACCUGGAAAUUCACUCAUUUUGACUACUUUUUCAAGACGUGGAAAGCAGGGAAACGAUUGCAUAUAUCACCAACCAAAGCCUUGCUAGAGAAACUUAGAGUCUCUUAUUGUUGCUCCCAUUCUCUAAGUCUACAACACUCUCUACUACAUAUCGCUUAACACGCUAGUAAGUUACCAAUUGCUUCCAUGGCCACUCAAGCAACUUCCUCCUCCCCUUCUUCAACUUCAUCAUCUUCUUCUUCUUCUUGCCCUCGAUGGAAAUAUGAUGUGUUCCUCAGUUUUUACGGUGUUGACACCCGCAUGAAUUUUACAGAUCAUCUCUAUACUGCUUUGAAACAAAAGAGUAUUAUCACCUUCAGGGAUGAUGAAAAACUUGAGCGAGGAAAGUAUAUUUCUCCAAAGCUCUUGAAAGCAAUAGAAGAGUCCAAGUAUACUAUCAUCAUUCUUUCAACAAAUUAUGCUUCUUCAAGGUGGUGCUUGAUUGAACUAGCAAAAAUUGUUGAAUGCAUGAAAAAGACCAGAUUGACAGUUUUGCCUGUCUUUUAUCAUGUGGAUCCCUCUGACAUUAGGAAUCGGAGAGGCACUCUUGCUGAAGCCUUUGCUAAACAUGAGAAAGAUACCAAAGUUAACACAAAGGAUGUGCAAGCAUGGAAAGCUGCUUUGAGAGAUGUGGGUCAUAUAGCUGGAUGGCAUGUGCAUGACAGGUAUGAAUCAAAAGUUAUCCAAGAAAUCAUUGGAAGGAUAUGCAUUGAGUUGUAUCAUAAAUUCUCAAGUGUUUGUGAGGACCUUGUUGGAAUGGACUCACGUGUGGAGGAAAUGUUGGGUUCAUACUUAGGUGAAGGGUUGGGUGAUGUUCACUUUGUUGGGAUAUGCGGGAUGGGUGGAAUGGGCAAAACAACUCUUGCACAAGAAAUUUAUAGAAGAAUUUCAAGUAACUUUGAAGUUAGUAAGUUUAUUGCUAAUGUAAGAGAAGAAACUAAAAAUCAAGGUUUAGUUUCUUUACAAAAACAACUUCUUUCUAAGACCCUCAUGGAAAGUGAAAUAAAUAUAUCGAAUGUUUAUGAGGGAAUCAAUGUUAUAAGGAAUACAUUAUGUAAUAAAAAGGUUUUUAUUGUUCUUGAUGAUGUGGAUGGAGAAGAACAAUUAGAAGCAUUAGCAGGGAAACAUGAUUGGUUUGGUGCGGGGAGUAGAAUUAUUCUAACAAGUAGAGAUAGUCAUUUCUUGCAAAGAAAUGAAGUGGAUGGUGUAUAUAAAAUUAAAGGGUUGAAUGAUUAUGAAGCUUUGAAGCUUUUUAGUUGGAGCGCUUUUAAGAAACCCCAUCCUAAAGAAAAUUAUGUGGAUUUGUGUAAGUACUUUGUGAACUAUGCUAAAGGCCUUUCUUUAGCUCUUAAAGUUGUAGGUUCUUUGUUGUAUGCUAAAGGAAGGAAUGAAUGGAAAAGUGCCCUAGAUAGACUAAAAGAAGAACCUAAUAGAACCAUUUUGGAUAUACUUCAAAUAAGUUUUGAUGGGCUUACAAAUUCUGAAAAAGGACUAUUUCUAGAUAUUGCAUGUUUUUUCAAAGGAGAAAAAAAGGAUUGCUUAAGUGAUAUACUGGAGAGUUUUGGUUAUUAUCCAGACUACAAUAUUGGUGUUCUUAAGGACAAAUCUCUCAUAACCAUUGAUGACUAUGGAAUUUUGUGGAUGCAUGAUUUGCUGCAAGAUAUGGGUCAAGAAAUCAUUUGUCGCGAAUCCCCUAGAGAGCCUGGUAGACGUAGUAGGUUGUGGAUUUAUAAGGAUGUCAUUCAUGUAUUGAAGAAUAAUAUUGGAACUGAGGCAGUUGAAGGCAUAAUGAUAAAAGUUCCUAUUCAAAAAAUGCAACACUUACAUGCUGAAACCUUCUCAAAGAUGAAAAAUUUGAGAUUUCUCAAAAUUGGUGAUGAGAAAUUUCCACAAGACUUCAUAAAUGGUACUAUGCAACUUCCAAAAAGUCUUAAUUAUCUUUCUGACGAGUUACGCAUUAUAGAAUGGCUCAGAUAUCCUUUUAAAUCUAUGCCAACUAGUUUUCAACCAAACAGACUUGUUGAACUUAGAAUGCGUUGCAGCUACAUCAAACAACUGUGGAAAGGAAUUAUGAAUUUAGAUGAGUUAAGACUCAUUGACCUAAGUGACUCCCAAAACUUGAUUGAGAUGCCAGACCUUAGUGGAGCCCCAAAGCUUAAGCAAUUGAUUCUUCAACGUUGUAUAAGACUAUCCAAGAUUCAUGCAUCUCUUGGAAAUCUCAAAUGUCUUAUUCGAUUGGAUCUAAAUGGUUGCAAGAGCCUUGAGAGCCUUACACCUAAGAUCAGCUUGGAGGCACUAGAAAUUCUUGAUCUUGUUGGUUGUUCAAGACUGAAGAAGUUUCCAGAAAUUGUUGGAAAUAUGCCACGUUUGUCAGAACUUUGUUUGAGCGGGAGUGCUAUAAAAGAUUUAUCAAUAUCAACAAAGUAUUUAACUGGACUUAUUAAAUUGGAUCUAAGAGACUGUAAAAACCUUUCAAGUCUUUCAAAUGCCUGUUGUUGUUCGAUGUCUCUAAAAAUUCUCACUUUAUCUGGGUGCUCAAAACUUAAUGAACUGCCAGAAGAUUUGGGGAAUAUCAAAGGUCUCAAAGUACUAUCUCUUGAUGGAUGUAAAGGCUUAUCAUCUACAUCAUCAAAUAAACUCAUCAGUUUUCUUUUAAUGAAAAAAAGAAGAGUAGACCCCAAGGGCAUGUUAGAGCGUUCUCUUUCUAAUUUAUGGUCUUUGACCAAAUUGAAUCUAAGUUAUUGCAAUCUUCAGGCAAUCCCUGAUGGUCUUGGUUGUUUGUCCUCUUUAAUAGAAUUAGAUCUUAGGGGAAAUAAUUUUGUUUGCUUUCCUGAGAGUACCGCUCGACUAUCUAAUAUGAAGGUUCUUUUUCUGAAUGGUUGCACACAUCUUCGAUCUUUGCCAAAGCUUCCAUUUGAUGUUAGGCUUAUUUAUGUAGACGGUUGUACCUCACUGGAAAUAUUACCAUUAAGACCUGAAGAUGGUCCUCAUCCGUUCCUCUUUCUUCUCAAUUGUGGUAAAUUUUUUAACAAUGAAGACAACGGUGAUGUGUUAUUAAAAUCACUAAGACAUCACACUCAAUUUAAGGGAGAUGAAGACAUUUAUCGUAUUAUAAUUCCUAGAAGAGAAAUUCCAAAAUGGUUUAGGCAUCAAAGUGUGGGGACUUCAGUGAAUUUGCAAGUGCCUUCAAAUAAAUUAUGGUCUUUGACCAAAUUGAAUCUAAGUUAUUGCAAUCUUCAGGCAAUCCCUGAUGGUCUUGGUUGUUUGGCCUCUUUAACAGAAUUAGAUCUUAGGGGAAAUAAUUUUGUUUGCCUUCCUGAGAGCUUAUUUAUGCAGAUGGUUGUACCACACUGGAAAUAUUACCAUUAA